AUGAAAGAGAGCAAUGUGGUUCAUAUUGCGGCACCGGUGACGGUAGUGGGAGAUAUCCACGGGCAGUUUUUUGAUAUGCUUGAAAUCUUCAAGAUCGGAGGCUUCUGCCCAAACACAAAUUAUCUAUUUCUAGGCGACUACGUGGAUCGUGGUUUAUUCAGUGUAGAAACAAUUUCCCUUCUUGUCUGUUUAAAGUUACGAUACCCCCAUCGCGUGCAUCUUAUUCGAGGAAACCACGAGUCUCGCGGUGUCACGCAAUCCUAUGGAUUUUAUACCGAGUGCGUGCGGAAAUACGGCAACCCCAACGUAUGGCACUACUUCACUGAUAUGUUCGACUUCCUCACCCUGAGCGUGGUUAUUAACGAUCAAAUCUUCUGUGUCCACGGCGGACUAUCCCCGUCCAUCCACUCCAUAGACCAAAUUAAAAUCAUUGACCGUUUUCGUGAGAUCCCUCAUGAAGGCCCCAUGGCCGAUCUGGUCUGGUCCGACCCGGAUACCGAACGAGAUGAGUUCUCCCUUUCGCCAAGGGGAGCUGGGUAUACAUUCGGUGCGCAGGUUGUCCGGAAAUUCCUCGAAGUCAAUAGCAUGUCCCAUAUUCUGCGGGCGCACCAGCUGUGUCAGGAGGGGUAUCAGGUUCUCUACGAUGACCGGCUCAGUACCGUGUGGAGUGCACCGAACUACUGCUAUCGAUGCGGUAAUCUUGCGAGCGUCCUCGAAGUUAGCGAUACCGGCGAGAGGUUUUUCAACAUCUUCGACGCAGCCCCGGAGAACGAUGCCCAUCGCAACGAACAGCAAGCGCAGCAGAAUAAGGACGGACAGAACCCGGUGAUUGACUACUUUUUGUGA